AUGCGCCGCAGUCACAAGAAGUCGAGGCGCGGAUGCAAGGAGUGUAAGCUCCGCCAUAUCAAAUGCGAUGAGACGCGCCCUUCGUGCGUCAACUGCCAGACCUCCGAGCGUAGAUGCUCGUACCUAGAGUCACCUGCCCAGGCGGCGGCCGCAUCCUCAUCGGCGGCCCUUUCCGUAGCAGACGUCAAGCAUGCGUCCCGGUCGCCGUCCUCCUCCGGCUUUGAGGCCCCGGCGCGGUCACAAUCGCCGCGUCUCCAGAUUCCCUGGCCCGCUGCAUCUACCGCCAACGACUUUCUCCCCAGCGAACAGUACAGUCUUCUCCACCUUGAGCUGCUCCACCACUAUACCUCGGAGGAGGGCCCAACUCUGUAUCCCUCCUCGUACGGCAACUUCUUUGGCAUCAUGAUCAAAGAAGCCUUCUCCCACCCCUAUUUAAUGGACGAACUCCUCGCCAUCUCCGCCAUCCAUCUCAGCACUCUGUUCCCCGCCCGCAAGACCCUAUACCUUACCGAGGCCACCCGCCUCCAGUCUCGGGCCAUCUCCCAGUUCAACGCGCACGGCGCCCACAUCACCGAAGACAACUUCAUCGCCCCCUUUAUGUUUUCCGCCUUCAUCGGCCAGCACGUCAUCUUUGAGGCCUUUUCCGCCCGCCGAGACUUUUCCACCUUUCUCGAAAGCUUUGUGCAGUGCUUGGGCAUCCACCGCGGCAUCCGCACCAUCGCCGCCACGUCGUGGCCAAAGCUGCAGGACCUCCUCGAAACGAAGCAGAUAGAAACGCGCCCAGUGUCCACGCUGCAACCUGGCGAUGAGUGCGCCCUCCUCCCUGCCAUGAUUGCCAAGAGCGGCCUAGCCCCAGAGUUCCAAGAGGCAUGCUUGCGAGCCAUAGAGUGCACGCAGCACAUGUUUGACUACUACAAGCCGAAUGGUUUGGCCGAGAGUCGGCAAAGCUCGGCCUUUCAGGAGUGGCCCGUCCGCGUGUCCGUCGAGUACGUCACCCUGCUUGAGCAGCGGCGCCCAGAGGCUCUCGUCAUACUCGCCUACUAUGCCGCCCUGCUGCAUUACACGCGCUAUCACUGGGCGGUAGGCGAUGUGGGAGCUUUUUUCAUCCAAGAGAUCACGCGCCACUUGGGCUCGUACUGGGGGAGUACUUGA